AAUAGGCAGGAUGGCUCGGGACAUGUCAGAUAAAGAAAUCCUGAAGAUGGAGCUGGAACAGCUGAAGCUGGAAGUGAACACUCCCCGAACUGCGGUAUCAACAACAGCCCCAGAGAUCAUUGCGUUUGUUGAGGGGAAGUCUGCCGAAGACCCCCUGAUCAAGGGCGUCCCAGAAGACAAGAACCCAUUCAAGGAGAAGGGGGGCUGCAUUAUUACGUAGCAACGGCCCUGUGCUCUGUUUAAUAACUAUUUUUGUAUAAAACAUCAAUAUUUGUACUAGAAACUCUGA